AUCUCUCCUUCUCCUGAGGGGGUGGGGGUGGAAAGCCUUGGUCAUUUCCCAGCUGGGACAGGAUUGAGGAGGAGGUGGAGUGUGUCUCCAGUCCCAAAGUCUUAGGGGCUGGAAGGUGGGCAAGGGACCUGGCUGGCCCUGACUCCCGGCUUUGUUUCUCUGUCUCAGACUUUCCACCUGCAAGAUGCUCUCUCUGGAUCCACUGGGUCCCGAGUGGGACUGCCCCCUGGGAUCCAAGGACCUGGAUGGAGAGGAGGGCCCAUGGAGAGGGGGCUCUGGCCUGCCCCCCAUCAGCUGCUUCCCUGGCUCCUGGUACCAGGAUGUGGGCCUGGACUGCAAGGGCUCCCCUGAGGGGGCUGAGGCCCGGGCCUGGACUGCCUACUACUACAGCCUCCUGCAGAGCUGUCUGCAGCAAGCUGGGCUUCCAGAGACUCAGGACCGAAGCCAGGUCCCCCACACAGGUUGCCCUGGUGCCGAGGUGACCUUGUGCAUUCUGGGAUCACCCAGCACCUUUCUGUCUGUGCUGCUGGAGGGUGGGGUCCAGAGCCCCGGAAACAUGCUCCUCUGCCUGUCCCCUGCUUGGCUGACGAAGGUGCCAGCACCAGGGCAGUUGGGUGAGGCGGCCCUGCUGGUCUCCAAGGCUGUGAGCUUUCACCCAGGGGGCCUGACAUUCCUGGAUGACUUUGUGCCCCCACGACGUGCUACCUACUUCCUGGCGGGCCUGGGGCUGGGCCCUGGCCGGGGCCGGGAGGCAGCGGAGCUGGCCCGAAACCUGACUUGCCCUACAGGAGCCUCAGCGGAGCUGGCCCGGCUGCUGGAGGACCGGCUGCUGAUGAGGCAGCUGCUGUCGCAGCAGGGCCAAGUGGCCAUACCAGCUACUCUGGCUUUCACCUACAAGCCUCCAGGGCUACUGCGGGGAGGGGAUGCCAGCCCGGGACUACGGCUGGUGGAGCUGAGUGGCAAAGAGGGCCAGGAAACACUGGUGAAAGAGGAAGUAGGGGCCUUUCUGCAUUCCGAGGCUCUAGGUGAUGCCCUGCAGGUGGUGGUGAAACUCAGUGGCUGGCGCUGGAGGGGACGGCAGGCUUUGAGUCUGCACCCACGAGUGGAGCUGGGUGCUGUGGUAGACACAGUGCUGGCAUUGCUGGAGAAGCUGGAGGAAGAGGAGAGUGUCCUGGUGGAGGCCAUGUGUCCACCUGCCCAGUUGCCCUUCCCAGGAAGUCCCUCACCCAGCCCUGAGAUGGCUGUGCGUAUCUGUGCUGUGGUGUGUCGCACUCAGGGUGACAGGCCCUUACUGAGCAAGGUGGUGUGCAGCGUCGGUCGUGGGGAUCGGCCCCUGCGGCACCAGAACUCCCUGCCCAGGACGCUGGAGUGUGCUGUCCUCCUGUGGUUUCUGCAGUUGCACCUGGUAGAGUCAGACCCCAACCACUUUGCAUCUCAGCUGGUGCAGACCUUUAUCCACUUUGAUGUGACGGAGCACAGGAGGGACGAGGAGAAUGCGCGGUUGCUGGCAGAGCUGGUACGAGCACGUGGCCUACAGCUAGAUGGCUGUUUCUCCUACUGGGAUGACUGCCUGGUGCUCACAGCCCUACUCUGCCAGGAGCUGGGCCUGCCCUGCAGUCCUCCGGCUGCCAUGUGGCUGGCCAAGCAGAAAAGCCGCACUCAGCUGCACCUGUCUCGCCGUCACGGCCCACCAUGGCCUGCGCCCUCCCUCCAUGCUGUGGCUUGCUGUCCUCUGGAGAGUGAGGCAGAUGUGGAGAGGGCCGUCCAUCAGGUACCCCUGCCAGGUGUGAUGAAGCUGGAGUUUGGGGCAGGUGCAGUGGGUGUGCGACUGGUGGAGGAUGCACCACAGUGCCAUGAGCACUUUUCCCGGAUUGCCCGUGACUUGCAGGGCGAGGCUGACCAUCCAGGCAUUGGGCUGGGCUGGGGCAAUGCCAUGCUGCUGAUGGAGUUUGUUGAGGGCACUGAACAUGAUGUGGACCUAGUGGUGUUUGGUGGGCGGCUGCUGGCCGCCUUUGUCUCUGACAAUGGCCCCACAAGGCUGCCUGGCUUCACAGAGACAGCAGCCUGCAUGCCCACUGGGCUGGCGCCUGAGCAGGAGGCUCAGAUGGUGCAGGCAGCCUUCCGAUGCUGCCUGGGCUGUGGGCUGCUUGAUGGUGUCUUCAAUGUGGAGCUCAAGCUGACUGGGGCUGGGCCUCGGCUCAUUGAGAUCAACCCCCGUAUGGGUGGUUUCUACCUUCGGGACUGGAUCCUGGAGCUUUAUGGUGUGGAUCUGCUGCUGGCUGCUGCAAUGGUGGCCUGUGGUCUGCAGCCCGCCCUUCCCACUCACCCACAUGCCCGUGGUCACCUGGUGGGCAUCAUGUGCCUGGUGUCUGAGCACCUGCAGGCACUGAGUUCUACAGCCAGCCGAGAGACCCUGCAGGCUCUGCAUGACCAGGGCCUACUGCGCCUCAAUCUGCUGGAGGAGGCCCUGGUGCCAGGCGAGUAUGAGGAGCCCUACUGCAGUGUGGCCUGUGCUGGGUCCAGCCCUGCUGAGGCCCGCCUCCGUUUGCUGGGCCUCUGCCAGGGCCUGGGCAUCGAUGGGCCCAACUACCCAGUUGCUCACUUUCUGUCUCAUUUCAAAUAGCACUGGAGCCAGCAGGGGCAGGAAUGAAGUGGUAGGAGGAGAGGCUGUAGUGCCCUCUACUCCCUGGUGCCCUCCCUGUCUCUCUUCCUAUCACCCUACUCUAACCCCAGCCUGGCACACUCCUGUGCCUCAGGUUUGCUCCAGAGCAGCAGGGCAAUUUUGACAUCAAAUCCUCCUGGGCUAAGGGCCACAAAACAAGUGUGUGUGGGGAGCCCUAUUACCCUCUCAAAGGCUUCAGUCUGGUCCACAGCUUCCCCAGGACUCUAGCCCUGAAGAAGUUGCAGGAGUUAAACACACACACUGAACUGCCCACCCCAAAUGGGAGUGUAUCCAAACCUGGGCCCUCUCUAGGUGUGACUCUCCUCCUGCCACCUAUGGGUGAAGAGAAUCUUGGUGGGCCUCCAACCUUGGACAAUUCCCAGGAUAAGCUGAGAUAAAAAUGCUUGUCUUCUUAUCCAUAUGCUAGCAUAGUUCUAGAGCCUGCUGAAAACUUCUGGCAGUGCCCCUGUCUCAUCUGGCCUGAGCAGUAGAAACAGGUGCUUGUGGUCAGGAGUAAUUGCCUCCCCUCACACUUCUACACAGAUGCCAUUGCUCCCAUUCUCCAGAUGAGGAAACGGGCUCAGAGAGGAAAAGCGAUUGUCCCCAUACCACCAUGGAUAUGGACAGAAGGGCCAGGGCCAGGUUCCUACAUUUACUAAGUCUUACAUGUCUGCUCAGCUUCUAGGCCCCUUACUUCUCUGCCUGCAUCACAAGCAGCUCUGAGACUUGUGAACACCCUCCUCCUGUGCACCAUGUACCUUCACCAAGUUUCAGUGCUUUGGCCUCUGGAACAUCUAACUAUCAUUGGCAGAGGGUGCCUGGGCUACCUUCCUCGUUUAGGGAAGCUGCUUCAAGAACUGUCUCUGCAUAGCCCAGGAACAGUAGACAGCUCCCCCAGCAUCCCUCCCCAAAUAAAGGCUUAUGGACUAGAGAAGUGUUUGGAGUCUGGAAUAAGUUCUUGGACUAGGGCAAGGGAUUUAGCUCAGUGCUUUUGCCACCUGCCUCCAAGUGCAAGGACCCGAGUUUGAUCCCAGGUGAAAAAAAAAAAGUUCUUGAACUAGACAGCUCCAGGCUCAGCUAGUUGGAGUUAGGGGUGGGAGUGCUUGUGAGGGGGAGAGGGGCUGAAGAGGGAGUGGUAGGGGAUUUCUGUAGGCUCUAGGCUAGGGGAAAAACCACUCAAUUGGCUGGGCCUCUGGGCUGACCUUUGGCAGGAGCCUGUCCUACAUUCACAGCAGGGCCCAAACCUAAGGAUCUCUUUUGGCAGGACUACAAACUGAGGUCACAUUCAAGGUAACCCUCUGUCCGCCUGCAGACCCUGGAGCUCUGUCCAUCUGAGUUCAUGCCCAGCCUACCCUGUGCAACUGGAAGGCACAUGCAGACAGUCCCCAACAACCAGAACUCAACCAAGACCUGAUCUGGUCCAAAUUCACCCCUCCUCCCUGCUCCACCAGCCCCAUGCAGCAUGAAUCCAUGCCCAAUCUAAAGUCACAGACCAAGUUUGGCAUGUUAACUCUUUCAUCCUUUCAACCACGUUUUAUCAAGUGCCUUUAUCCUGUACCAGGCAGUUGAAUUAUUAAAUGUGCUUCAAUUGACAAAACCUCAUAUUUAGCAGGGCAUGGUGGCUCACACCUGUAAUGCCAGCACUUGGGAAGCUGAGGCA